GUUAAUCAUUAUGUCAAUGAUUUUGUUUCGUAUGCUUUCUAUCAGUUCAGAGCACUCGCCCCUUUAUACUACAGGGGAGCCGCAGCAGCUAUCUUAGUGUAUGAUAUUACGUGCAAGAGUUCAUUCGAUUGCAUCCCGUAUUGGAUUUCGGAGCUGAGGAAGCACGGUCCACCCGACAUCAUCAUUGUCCUCGUCGGAAACAAGUGCGACUGCAACGAUGACGUGCGAGAAAUCCCCAACAGGUUUUCGUCAAGCUAUGCCGCCGAGAAAGGAAUUUCUUUUUACGAAACCAGUGCCAAGACAGGCGUAAAUAUGCGAGAAAUACUCCUGGAAAUAGGACGACGGCUGCCAGAUAACUUGGUCUAUAUCAGGACAGAGACGACCAGUCUCUUCCGUACAACGACAAGCUCAAGGAGAGCUGAUCAACCACCACCGUCAGGCUGCUGUCUCUGUUCAUGUUACGUCUAACAGAAUCAAAUCAUUAUUGGUGGGAGUGCAUUGGACACCCAUGCCUAUCGUAUACGAUGCAUCACUGAAGUCGGACUUCGUCAGCGCGACCGGUUCUAUCUUUGACACGCCCCUUACUAUACGUGAGAGAUGACGAGAAGCCCAAAACUGAGCUGCAUAUUGGCGUAUCCAGCAUUGUGUGGGACCAGCCCCCUUAUCAACCAUGCAGCCCAAUUCGGGAGUAAUUCGCCCCUCCCCAUUUUUAUAAACCAGUUUUUGGCUAAACCACUCUUAAAAAAAUGUAUCAAUGUUCUUGGCUUUAUUUCUAGAGCUGUUCUGCUGAUGCGUGUAGUAGAUAUUUUAUCAAAGCUACUGGUUACUGUGAUGUCAGUAAUCAGUUGUAGGCUUUGGAAACUUAUUGAUUGAAAGAAAUAUAAGUUUGACUUUCUUCCGAUAUCAUAUUAAAAUUAAUAAUGAUUAUUUUAAUCAAGAGACAAGUUUUGCCAUUUAUCCAUAAAUUUACGCAUUCCCUGAAAUGCAACUGAUAAAAUAUUCUUCGUUGUAUUCUUAACUAUGUACAUGCUUAGACGUCAUUGAUUUUAAUUAUUUUUGUUCUCAUGAUCUAUAAUUAUCGCGUCCACACAAAAUAGAGGAUCCAUAAAUCCGCCAUUAUAGGCCUACGUAAUUAAGAUUAGAUGACGUGUGAAGAAACAACAUGUCUAUUAUUAGAAUGUUAUCCUAACUUGAGAUGUUUUGUUUUAUGAUUUAUAUAUGACAUGCCUUUUAUUUGGCAUCGAAGCGAACUAAGUUCUGUUUUCUCUCAUGUAACCAUGGUAUUAUGAAAAAUUGUUUUGGAUACUGCAUAUUUAAAAUAAUUUCUUCUAAUCAAAAGCAGAUUUUGUAAUAUAUACACCGGUAAGGAUUUUUUUUUUAUAUCAGGAAUUUUCUCAACAAGAAUAAUGACCAAGAUUGAGCACGAUUGGACAAAUUUAGUGUUAUAUUUUAAGAGAAACAAUUAUGAUUGUGUAAAAUAAUGUCAAAAAUUCGCUGACAGUGUAUAAAAAUUCAAAAACUUUCCUAAAGAUAAUUAUGUUGAAUGGGGAUGAAACAUCCCGACCUCAUAUGUGUCUAUGUUCUAUUCAGUAUAGUAUCAUGUAUUGUACUUUGACACGUAAAUUAUAUCACACUGGUGAACAUUAUGCAUAUAUAAAAUACGUUUGUUUGAAAUAUGAUAUAGAAAUCCAUAAAUCAAAUCAAAUCAAAUCAAACUUCCAUUCGCUACCCCCGCACUUUGGUUGCAUAUGGUUAAGAGAUAAUUGUUGAAUGAUUACGAUUAGUUCAGAGAACUUCCAUGGACUAAUCCUGAGGCUUUUAAUGCCCUUAUCCCAUAAAGAUCAUUUGCCUUCCUCACACCGCUUCCAAUGUUUAGUUCAUCUUCGUGAU